CUAUGAGAUUUGCCAAAUUAUUUCCUUGAGACUGAUAAAUCCCCAGGAGGUGAAUUUGUGAAAAAAAAGACAAUCACGGUUAAUUGAAAAAUUCGGUUGUGAAAAAAGACUCAUUUUAAAAAAUAACUAAAAUAAAAAAAAUGGAGCGAAUGUGGCGGAAAGUGAAUCAAGGAUUGUCCGGACGUGGAGCAUGUGGGAAGCAAACUCAUCAUCAAUCCACGGAGACGGUGAGUUCUGCGGGAUUUGGGGAAGCGCAGAAUGUUGUGGCUGUAGCUGGUCGAGCUCCCCUUAGUACGGAAGCAGCCAGAGAGCCCCUUCCGGCUUCAUCUGACAAACGCAAACGUCGCCGGAGGAAGAGUCGUCCACGUCGAGGAGGAAGAUCAUCCGAGAGGAAUGCCCCACCGACCGCACCACCGCUCCCCCCACCCCCACCUGGGGCGGAUGCUUCCCUGAAACAACGUGCUGUUGCCAAGCUCAAAAUGUUUAAUUUCCAUUUGAACUGGGAUCUCCAUAUGACGCAAUGCAAACCAUGCGGGCCUCGCUCCGCUGGGAAUAUCCUGACGCGACGUCUCUGUCGCAAUCGACGACGUGAUGACAACGAACUCUACCGUUCCAAUAGUUUCAAGUUUGAGAGAUUCGACCGGAAAGAAAGCCAAGAAGUGGGUGGAUCUGAGACACUGCCAAAACAGAUUUCUAUCUGUGAUGAUUACAGCCUGCCAGUUGACUUUGUAAAGAAACGCCCGUCCAGUUUUGAUCCUUGCUUGGUUGAUCUUGUGCCAAAUAAUUGGACAACACCGAGCCCCUUAUCAGAACACGUGACAUUUGUAGAUCCAGCAAAUCCGACAGCAACAGUCACACCUCAGCCACCACCGCAGCCGCACGUUAAAGUUGUUGAGGGUUACAGUGAUCCGAAGGACUCAAAAAGGCAACUGCGUACUGGAAAGCGAGAGCACUCAUCGAAACGACCAACAUCACUUGGAAGUUUUAAGCCCUACAAUCGUUUUGACAGUGACUCAGAUUCCGCUGGUCCAAAAACAUCUGCAGACGACGAAGAAGAAAUCCAGGAAGAACAGCAAGAUCGUGUCCCGGAUCUAAAUUCCCCAGAUAGUAUUUCGGAAGAUUUGGUACGUCCACUGCAGUCACAGAAGAGCCCAAAGAGACUCACUGGACCUCCGGAGAUAUCCAAGAGAAAUCCCUCGCCGUACUACUAUUCGGACUUGCUGAAGAAUCGUGACGUUGGUCAGGAGGAAGGUGCAGCGCACAAAGGUAGGCAGCAGCAGAGACCCUUGAGAUCGAAGACUGUUGAUUCGCGAAGUAGUGGUUUGUGCGGUGGUGAACGAAGUGCAACACAGCCACAUAAGUACUACAAGAAGAGCAGCAGCCUCGACGUACCGUGUUCAGAGCGUGAGGAUAUCGAGCCACAGAGACGACGGUAUUCCAUCACUGAAGACGGCGUUAGGAUCAUCCGAUGUGAAUCCCCAUCGACAACAACAUCGGAUGAUUCAGAUUGCACCGAGUGCCAGAAGAGACGCGAGUGGCACGCACAAGCAUUGGCACUAGUCCGUGAGACUUGCAACGUUGUUGCCAUAGCGGACGGCUCGAUGCCACCCCAUCGCCUUCUUGGGCCAGCCAUGUGUGCUUGUACAGCAGCUCCUAGUGUUGUCGAUGACACCGAUGAGCUCUUCCGACCACGUAGUAUCUUCUACGUGCACCAAGCUGGGGAGCAGGAAUGUGCAGACUGCAGUCUUGCGGCUCCGGAAGAGAAAGUAGCGGCAGCGGAGAAGGCAACUGAAUCCGGAGGAAGUGGGAAAACACGAAAAAUCUAUGAGACAGCAUUUGAUUCGAAGAUUACACGAUCUGAUGAUGAUUUGGAUGAUGAUUUUGAUCGUCUCACCAAUCAUUCAGUUCUUGCUUCAACACCACACACUGUUGAUACGCCAAAAUCCCUGCCGAAAGAGGGAAAGGAGCGUGCAUCACGAAAAUCCUCACGAUCAUCGCGCGGGGGUAAAACACAGAGUACUCCAGAUAGAGGAGGUAGUGCCUCAACUGUGUCACAAGAAAUGGAGAAUCUCCAUCUUAUGGACAAUUCCCUGGAUAAUGUGGCAAAUGCAAAUGAAGGUGGAUCAGCUGCACAACUUCCCCUGAGGGGGUACACCCCCUCACCACCAUCCACAGCACCACUUCCCGUGAAAUUUCCCGGAAAACACGAACGCUUCCACAUGAAUAGUAUCAAGAGUGCACCCAAUUUACCAGCUACGAAUCCCCUGAAGAAUGCACGACUAAAGGAUUUGCGACUUCCACUGCAAUCCCUUCGUCCACACGAUGCCCCCGCAAGCAGUGAGGGAAGUAUUGGAGAUACGGGAUCGUACAAUAGUCCGAGGAAUAUUGAUCGGCCACGUUCAGUUGUUCUGGAAUCCGGGAGGGUUCUUGAGCUGAAACGAAGUCACCAUGGUAGUGGUCAGAGGCAGAGACGUGGUGGGAAUUUCUCAUCAACCGAAAGUAUGGCAACAUCCAGCAGUGGUGGUAGUAUGGAGUCCAUUCGAUCGAGCACAAGUGAGGGAAAUCGCAGUACAUCGAGCUCUGAGUCACGCCAUUCAACAUCACUCAGUUCCCACAGUUCGGAUUCAGUGCCCGGCAUGACAAAUCCCCUCCGGGUACCAAUUGUCAUUCACUCCAAGCUUCACAUUUUGAGCCCAAUUUCGGAUAAAUCUAGUCAAGAGCCCGGAAGUGAGACAAGUGAUAUCAACAAUAGGAACAACAACAGUCAAAAAGCAUCUCCGGAUGAUGGUACGAAGCAGAAUCAGAAUGAAGACUUCACCACGGAUAAUGCAGCGGCAAAAAUAAAGAAACGUCUACCACAGAAUAAGACUCUUCUCCUCAUUGCAGGUGAUGAAAUUCAAGGAUCCGACAGUGGAAUCUCUCUGCAUUCUCGUGAUGGUGCCAAAUCAAGAAUAAGCGCCUUCCAACCACUUACAACAAAUAAAUUCAAUCCAACGGCAGAAAAGAUGGACAAUAGCAUUGUACCAGCGAGUGGUCUGCCACAGGACUUGAAUGAUCUUCCAUUUGAUAUGCCAAAGCUACGUCGUCGUCGAAUUAUUGCCCAACCGGACGCCUGUACGUCCGGAAGUGCAACAUCAGUGGAUUUAGGAGAUCUCCCCUUUGAUAUGCCGAAACUCCGGCGACGUAUGCGAUUGACCGCCCAGCCGGCUUGUGGUGUGAGUGGAGUAAUUCAGACAAGUACGGAAUCCAGUGGUGUUUCCCAAGCAUCUUCAAGUCAUUCCGUGCGUGAGGAUAAACCAAUUCUUGGUACAGGGAUGUUUCGUCAGAAUCUCACACUCAAUCUAAUUGAGACAAAAUCAUCGGCAUCCAAAAAAUCCCUCGGUGGGAGUUUGGAGCUCAAAUCAAGCGGAAAGGGUUUGCUGAAUCUCAACUUGGGCGGCCCCUUUUCGUCCAGUGUGGAUCUCAUUGAUGCAACGGUGCCGCUUGAGAGGCAAGGAUGGUACCACGGAGCCAUAAGUCGCGUGGAAGCUGAAUGCACACUGAGACCACUCAAUGAGGGAAGUUUUCUUGUGCGCAACAGUGAAUCAACAAGGCAGGAUUAUUCCUUGUCGCUCAAAAGCGCCAAAGGGUUCAUGCAUAUGCGAAUUCAGAAGAAUGACGCAGGACAAUACAUCCUGGGACAAUUUAGUCGUCCCUUUGACUCAAUCCCCGAGAUGAUUAGACAUUUCUGCCUCAAUAGAUUGCCUAUUCGUGGCGCGGAACAUAUGGUUCUCCUGGAGCCCGUGAUUGCGCAGCUUCUCUAAAAGCUGACAAGUUUUAAAUUUUUUCUUCAAAAUCUUCUCUGACAAAAAAGAAUGUUUUGUAUUUAAACUAAAUUUAAAUUGAGGCUAAUUAAAACUUAUUAUAUAAACAACAUAUCACUCACAUUUAGUUUAUCAAAUUUGCACAUUGUUUAAUUUCAUCACGAAACCGUGGAAAAUGACAGUGGGGGGAGGGACGAUGGAAAUUGUGAUAAAAGCAAUAUAAAAAAGUAAAUCGCGUUUGUUAAAAUUCUCUGUGUGCAGGGGGUGGUGGGAUUGUGCAAGAUGUUGCGUCAAUUUAUCUGUGCAAUAAAUUAUAAUUCAAUUAAAAAAAAUAAAUCUUUGAGCAAAUCGAUGCUUCCUCCUGCACAAAAGUGGAAGAAGAAAAAAUAUUCUACAGGACAUUUUUAUUUAAAAAACAAAAUCUGUUUAAGCAAACAAAAUCACAGCUAAUGGGAAAUUAAAUAUCAAUCAGAAGAAGAAGGGUACCUACAUAAUUAACCAAGGAGGUAAUUGUGCGGCAUUAUUGGCUUCCAGAAAGAAUUUGUAUAAUGAAAUCGUGCUGUUUUGUGACGUGAUUUUCCAUGGGAAAAGCAUCCAAAAAAGACGUAAUAUAUUAAAAAAAAACAUUAAGAAAGAAAAACCUUUUUCAUAUAAUCUUAUAGUAAAAAAAAGUAUAUAUAGAGAGAAAAUGUAGUCCGAGAACAAAAUGUUAAUCUUACACGAUAUUUAAAGGACAAAACAUCAUGUGAAAGUUGCAUUAAACAAAAUAUAGAAAAUAGUGAUUAAAAUAUACACCAGCAAAACAUUUUGAUGCAUAUAGUCAGAUAUUAAUAGAAGAAGUCAUUUUUGUAGAACAAAAUCCAUCACAUUUUUGCAGCUCUUCUUGAGCAAAAAAGAAAAAAAAACAAUCGGAUCAUAAAAGAAUGGAAAAAUCAGAAUUAUUACAAAGAAAAGAGAGAGAGAGAGAGAGAGAGAGAGAGAGAAAUAGAUUUGCAAAACAUCGACAGAUGAGAUAAAAAAAGGAUCUUUUCUUCAUUAUUUAUUCUCAGCAUUUAUAUAUCAGUAGGUUUCAUUGUAUAUAAAGGAUGAAUAAAUUGCAUAUUUACUUGGUAAGUUACAUAAAGAUUUCUUUUUUUUUUUACUUUUCCCUCUUCAAUGAGAAAAAAAAAUUAAUGAAAGAAAAAUUCAAAUAGAUUUUAUCUGGUAAAUGAGAAUCAUAUGAAUUUAAAGGAAAGAAAGAAAGAAAAAAAAUGUAGAAACACCAUUUAAUUCCACGUACUAUUUCCACUCUCUAUAUCUUAUAUAAUACCAGUUUAAUUAAUCAGGUGGUAAUAAACUCUUAUUAAUUAAUACUGAGAGAUGAAGAUUCAUUGGGAGAAAGAAAGCAAAACAGUUCUGUAGUGAUAAAAUGUAUACAAUAAAGAUGAAAAGUUGAAAAAAAA